AUGACAGAAAAAAGCCCAUUUAUGCAUUUGGUAAGGCCAAAUGUUGCGGCUCCAGCGGCUUCAUUGUCUAUUAGUGCUUGCAAGGUCAAGAUUCACAACUCUGCGCUCUUUCAAAUCUUAGAGAUAAUUUCAAAGCAAGUGCUUGAUUCAGAUAAAAGAAUCAUCGGAACAUUAUUAGGUAUCAGAUCUGACGAUGGUUCAGAGUUUGAAGUGAGAGACGCAUUUAUGGUACCAUGUUCUGAAACUGGAGAUUCAAUCGCAAUCGAAGACCACACACACAGAACGAUGUACCAGUUAUACAAAAAGGCACACCCAAAGGAGUAUGUUUUGGGAUGGUUCGGAAGUGCUGACGAGAUAGACAAUACUACUGGGCUUAUCCAUGAUUUUUAUUCUAAAGGGAGUGACAGGGCUUAUCCAUUUCCUGCCAUUUACUUGAAUGUUGAAUAUUUGAAUAAAGAAAACGAGAUAACUAUGCCUCAAGUAUCGUCCUACAUUGGAUCAGCAAUUGGAAAAACUUCAUCCAGCUCUCAAAGAAUCGGCUGGAAGACUUUGACGACUAACUCCUAUCUCUUCACACCAAUUCCGAAUGAAAUUAUAUGUGGCAGUGUUACUGAGAAGCUAGCUUUGAAUUUAUUGAAGGAUAAUUCUACUCGUACUGGAGCUGUGUCCUUAGAGAGAGAUAUGUCUUUCUUAUCGGAACAACUUGCAGCUUUGACUGAAUCCAUCGAUAAACUAUUGGGCUAUGUGGAAUCUUCUGAUAUGGAUACAGAUGAAAAUGUAAAUUUACUAAGAUUAUUAUGCAACAACUUGUUAAACAGACCACAAGUAUUACCUCAUCUUGAAGAUUUGGAGAGACAUUUCCGUGACCAUAACCAGGAUAUAAUCAUGAUUGAGUACUUGACCAAAGCGAUAAAAGACCAAAUCGAGUUAAGUGCGAGGUUAACUGCAAGUGCCGAGGCUGAUAGAAAAAACUAA